UUGUUUUGAUUUUUGUGCAAUAUUUAUUUUCACUUGACUCCAGUAUGAUCAGAGCUUCUUGUAUUUGUUCCAAACUGGUCACGAUUCCUAUCAAAAAUACCUUCAGCUACAAUGGUUCUCGAUUACUCUCCUCAAAAUCUUCGGAACUUUUAGUUAACGAUUCUAAUUUCUCGUUCCUAAAGCAACUUGGUCUUUCUGAAAUAAAUCCUGGCCUAUGUCACGAAACUGAGCAAAAUGGCAAUGGAUCAGUUAUUGAUUCAGUGGAUCCGACAACAGGACGAGUCAUUGCCAGAGUUGCGCAGGCAUCUGCAAACGAUACGGAAACUGCGAUCGCCAAAGCGUCGGAAGCAUAUCUAACAUGGCGAGAAAUUCCGGGACCUAAAAGGGGUGAAAUUGUUCGGGAAAUAGGAAAUGCAGUGAGAGAUAAUUUGAUACCACUUGGCAGUCUGGUUGCCCUAGAAAUGGGCAAAAUUUUGCCCGAAGGAAUUGGCGAAGUGCAAGAAUUUGUAGACAUAUGUGACUUUGCUGUGGGGCUUUCUAGAAUGUUCGGAGGUCAAGUCUUUCCCUCGGAGCGACCUGGUCAUGCUUUAAUCGAACAAUACAACCCACUAGGAUUAGUGGGGGUUAUCACUGCAUUCAAUUUUCCUGUUGCUCCUUUCGGAUGGAAUUCGUCGUUAGCUUUGGUAUGUGGCAAUUCCCUUUUAUGGAAAGGUGCGCCUUCGACUCCUUUGUGUACUAUCGCCGUGAAUAGAAUCAUGCGAGAAGUUCUUAAAAAACACGAUGUUAAUCCAGCAGUUUGUAGUAUUGCACAAGGAGGUCUAGACGUCGGGGAAUCGAUCGUGAACGACAACAGAGUGAAAUUGGUUUCGUUCACGGGAAGUUGCGCAGCGGGAAGCAAAGUGGGCAUCGCGGUCCAAAAACGAUUCGGAAAGUCGCUUUUGGAACUGGGCGGCAACAACGCUAUCAUUGUUAUGGAAGACGCAGACCUUGAAAUGGCGGUACGAAGUACUCUUUUUUCGGCUGUCGGAACAACAGGUCAACGAUGCACCACAACAAGACGCCUAAUAGUUCACGAAAAAGUGUAUGACCAAGUCUUGGAGAGGCUAACUAAAGCGUACAAGCAGGUUAAAAUUGGAAAUCCCCUGGAAACCGGAGUUUUGUGUGGACCCCUGCAUAAUAAGGCUGCUUUUGAGCUAUUUUUGUUGACAAUUGAGAAUAUUAAAAAGGCCGGCGGGAAGGUUGUUUGCGGCGGAACAAAAGCGGAUGUUGGUUUUGAUGGUAAUUUUGUUGAACCGGCUAUAGUUACCGGGUUGGACCAUAACAAUUCACUGGUUUUGACCGAAACGUUUGUGCCGAUUUUGUAUGUGAUGAAAUGUAUGAGUUUUGAAGAAGCAGUGGCUUGGAAUAACGAGGUCGAUCAAGGGUUGUCUAGUAGUUUGUUCACGAAAGACCCAAAUCGGAUCUUUAGGUGGUUGGGACCCGCGGGUUCUGAUUGCGGGUUGGCAAAUGUGAAUAUACCCACCAGCGGGGCCGAAAUCGGGGGAGCAUUUGGCGGUGAAAAACACACGGGAGGUGGACGUGAGUCGGGAAGCGAUGCUUGGAAGCAAUACAUGAGGCGCUCAACGUGCACUAUUAAUUACAGCAAAGAACUUCCAUUAGCACAGGGGAUCAAAUUUGAAUGAAACUGUUAACUGAAUCAGAAACGUGGUUAAUUUUCAAAAUAUUUCAAAACAAAUGAUUAGUACCCAUCUUAUCAUUACGCAAGCGGAGCUUGUUUUAUAUUACGAGGCUACUUUUUUCAACUUUUUGUUGCACAGUUUCUUUGUACAGUUACUUUUUGCAAUUUUAAUUAACAAGAGCUAUAUAUGCGGACUUAAAGCCCAUAUUUCGCUAUCUGUAUUUCAAGCAUAAGUGGGUGGUAGCCAGUUAGCUGUUUUUUGGCGCUGUUAACAUUUGCCUAUGGAAACGGAUGCGGGGCUUGAAAAUUCGUGGUCUCCAAAGUCUUAUUCAAGGAAUCUAUUUGAUAAUUUCGAGCUUUUUGUCCAUUUUUUGCUUGUAUAUGACCGGUGCAGCUUCGCCUCUGUGUACUGUUUGGGAUAAAUUUAAUGCUGGAUGCAAUUAGAUGAAAUGGUCGCGGUGCGAUUUAGGUUGAACUGUUAGGAUUUGUUCCCUUCAAUUAAAUGAAGAUUUUAGCUUUAGUAGGGGCGAAAUGUUCUGAUAAAUGUAUACCGAUUCUGAUGGUGAUUUCGAAAAAAUAUACUGAGAAUGUAUUUUGAUUGUCUAAAACCAAUUUAGGCUAAUAUGAA